UUUAAAGUCAAAUCCAGCUGGAGGAAGUUAUAAAUCCCACGGUCAUGCUGAGACUGGUGUCCUCCUCCCAAGACGACGGACAACAACAGAAGAGCCAGUGGCCAGUAAAGCUCGUUCAUCUUCCUCCCCCACCCACUUAACAAAGAGUCCAUACCAGAACCCUAACUACACCAGCCCCAGACUUGGUGUAGGAGGAGAGCAAGUCUCAAACACUAACACAAGGAAACCUUUAUUCCCCAUUCAAAGUGUUGCAGAGGACUCUACUGGACUAUCAGAGACCGACAGUCAAUCGAUGCUAGACCUACCACCACCUCCUCCAAGAAUGAGACACUUAUCAGCCUGUGAGGAGGAAGGUGAAUCAGACGAGGUCAUCGUUGAUGGCAUGAGGUCACAGUCUCCACUACCAAGCCCACGGUCUCGCCGCCUCCUCUCCGCCCGUAGCUCCCCUAACCUAGCAAAGAGCGUUAGUCGGAGUGACUUCAGUGAUGAAGAGGAUGAUGAUGAUAUAAUGGACCUGUCCACUGUCCCACGGUCCCAUCCAACCCACCCCUCCCCUCUUGCCUCCCCUCACUUAUCUUACUCUCCCCUACUCACAGUCAAGGCUAUAGCUCUGACGAGGAGUCACUCUCGCAUACUCUCUUGUAUGAUGGACGUCGUAAACGCUCGAGCAAAAGGAUCCGUUAUAACAAGGCGCUCCAUCCUCUUGUGAGGGUUAAUAGUGCUAGCAGUGACGACGGCUCUUUCAAUGACAAACACUUGCGUCAUAGUCUACCAAAAUUUGGUAAAGAUAAGCUCAGAAAGAUGCUACCGUAUCGGAGCACUCCUUCUACUCCAGCCGAGGGGAGUGGCUCUGAAAGCUUCACUGAUAUGCUGGCAGUUCGUAUGAGAAGCAGCAGUGGGGGCGGUAGGCUGAGAUGCAACUCAG